AUUCACUAUGGUAUGUGGGGUGGUACAGGUAAUCCCUGUGCUGAGUGCCCCCAGGUCGGGAAAAUUUUAUGAUGAGUGCAGAUGCCAAAUUGCACAUUGGAAUGUACCCCAAAGAUCAAACUGAUGCCCGAUCUCCUUACUAUGAAACACAGAGUCAUGAAAGAGGCUGGGUUCUGCCACACCAAUUAAACCCUCGUGUACCAAGUAUAUCUUCUGUGGAGUUGAACAAGGUUGUUGAUGGUGAAUCUAAGAUAUCAUCCCAUGAGUCUAGCAACUCAAGUUGCUUAAGGCCUGCUGAAGAGAACGAUGAUGUUGUGACACCAGGAAAAACAGAUCCCUGUGCUCUGGAAAAUUCAAGGCUAUCUGUUAACCGUCUAAGUUUCCUACCUGAGUUGAUUGCUUCUGUUAAGAAAGCAGCACUAGAAGAGGUUGAAGAAGUCAAUGCUAAAGCCGAAGAUGGUGAUUCUGCAAAGCAAGAUGUAGGUGAAAAAGAAGUAGCUGCUAAUGAAUCUGAAUCACUGAAUGCACAUGAUGAGUUGGAGGCAGAAUUUGAUAAUGAAAAUCUAAACAUUUCUAAAAUUGAGCCAACAAAGGCUGAGGCAGAAGCUAUUUCAAGAGGCUUACAGGGUUCUGAUGUGGCAAUAAAGAGAAUUAAAGCCAGCUGCUUUGCCGGAAGACCUUCUGAAAGAGAACGUUUGAUUGCAGAUUUCUGGAAGGAAGCUCUGAUAUUGAGUUCAGUGCACCAUCCAAAUGUUGUUGCUUUCUACGGUAUUGUACGUGAUGGUCCUGAUGGAUCUUUAGCCACUGUGACAGAAUUCAUGGUUAAUGGGUCUUUAAAACAAUUUUUGCAGAAGAAAGACAGAACUAUUGAUCGUCGAAAGAGACUCAUUAUAGCAAUGGAUGCAGCAUUUGGGAUGGAAUACUUGCAUGGAAAAAACAUUGUUCAUUUUGAUUUGAAAUGCGAAAAUCUAUUGGUAAAUAUGAGAGAUCCACAGCGUCCUGUUUGCAAGAUUGGUGAUCUGGGCUUAUCAAAGGUCAGACAACACACUUUGGUGUCUGGAGGUGUUCGUGGGACAUUACCUUGGAUGGCACCGGAGCUUUUAAGUGGUAAAAGUAACAUGGUAUCUGAGAAGAUUGAUGCUUAUUCUUUUGGGAUUGUCAUGUGGGAGUUACUUACAGGGGAAGAACCUUAUGCUGAUAUGCAUUGUGCUUCAAUAAUUGGAGGUAUUGUAAACAAUACACUGCGUCCAAAAAUUCCUUCAUGGUGUGAUCCUGAAUGGAAGGCUUUGAUGGAAAAGUGUUGGGCCUCUGAUCCUUCAGAAAGGCCAUCGUUUUCAGAAAUUUCUCAGAAGCUGAGGAACAUGGCUGCUGCUAUCAAUGUAAAAUAGUUCUAAUGCUGAAGCAGUAGGUUUCAUGCCUUGCAUCUUACUAGGGAAAAGGAAACUAAGAAGCCCAGUUACUGCAGUAUGUGGUCACCUGGGUUAAUAAUUUUUUCCUACUGUGCCUUCAUUCAGCUUCUCCAGAUCCAUCAUAGUACUGCCAUUAGUUCUCUCCAGAGAGCAGUUAUAUACACCAAUGAGGGCCAUGGAUAAACAAUCAGAAUGAGAGAGUUUUCUCCAACUAGAAUCGGGUUUGCUACAUUUGAUCUGACCAAGAUGGCCGUACUAUGGGUGGAUGCCUUUAUCUUUUAAGGUGGGACCAUAUUUUUUUGAAGAUCUGUAUAUAAGUGAUAUGGAAAUUGAGUGAACAAUAAUGCAUAGUUCUUGUGAAAUUCAGACGAACUAGGAACCGUAUUUGUUCUGAAUCUUUUUGACCUUUGAUUCUAUAAAAUUUUGAGCCAAGGGUCCUUGCUUUUAUGUGGUGAUGUGUACCCCAUUUGCUUUCAUGUAAAUGAAUUUGUUUACAAAUUACAAUAAUACUCAUUUGGUAUCAGUUCUUGCUGUAUGAAGCUCAAAUAAUAGAUCGCUGCUCCU